AUAAAGUGGGUGGGUGAGGGCGAUACGUCUAGCGCUAUGUGGCUCGGCGAGAAGACAUGUCAUAUGUGUGUAUCGUAUUGUAUAACAUGGCGUUACAUGGGAAGCAUGCUCGGUGGACCGACAGAUACGUAUGUACUGUAAGUGCACUGCGCGUGCAUGCAUGCGUCUAUGUAUGUAUGUCUGUAUGUCUACAUAAGGCUCCCUGUCCAGGUGCGGUGCUUUGAAUGGACCGCCUCUCUCCACCUGUCUCUCUCUCUCUCUCUCUCUCUGGCUGGCUGCCUGUGGUGGCCUGUGUGCGUCGCUAUUGGUACUGUCUUGUUCUCUGCGCGCGUGUGUGUGCUCCAACACCGGGGACGCCCCUUUUUCUCUGUGUAAUGAAGUUUCUGAGGACAGGACAGGAUGGGUCUCACUCACUGGGUCUGCCGUGUCGUGAGUGCUUUACGUGCUUUUUCUCACACACUUGUCGAAAGAGGUUGAGGGAGGGAGAAAGGGUGGUUUUUCCAGACAUGUGUCGCCUGCCUUGCCUGCGUGUCCGUACGGACGGACGGACGUACGUCACGUCAGUGUCAAUCCAAACGCAAACAGACUGACAGAUCCAGCUGCGAUAGCGGAGCUUUUUAGCUUGCACACUCGAGUCGAGAUCGACUGACCCCAUUACCCAGCGAAUCGUAUUGCCGCUGUUGAGAUGCAGCACAUCUGUGCAGCAGCGGCUUCGCAGUGCCGACUCGUCGGCAGUACUCAUCGUCAGCGCAUAUCAUCCCCACCCGUCAGCCCCAAUUCCCCCCAACUCGACCCGUUCGCGCCAUCAGCGCCUCAUCGAGGGCCGGCGCACCCCUCCUUACCUAUCAGCAUCAUGCCAUAUGGCAUUCCUGACGGCCGCUAUCAAAAACACGCCAUCAACGACCACAAACCAGCGGCAGAAGGCCCCAAAUCGCUGAGAGGCGGCUUUCCGGUGACCAUGACGGCCGCAAAUGGGCAUAAGGGCCCAGCUAUGACCACAACUGGGAGGUUUCCGCCCCACAAAGCCACCAAGAUGAGCAUCUCUGGGACCAGCAUGCCAUCAGCUGCCGCGCCAGCGGCCAGCAUGUCGGCUAUGAUAAAGGGCAAGUAUGACGGGACCGGGGCCAUGCAUGGGAGCAUGAGCAGGGAGAGGGGAAUCGUCAACGGCAACGUGCCACACAUCGCUGGCCCCACUGCCGUGAGGGUAAGUUCGUGAGUGGGGGAGACACCCAAACCUGCAAUGAGAUCAUGGUUAAACUUCUCUUCGUUCGCAGGUCUCCGGUGGUAUUCAUGGAAGGCUGUUUGUCGAACAGCAGACGUCACCGAGUCUGCACCGACGCACACCGAGGCCGGCCACACCGAUGCCUCGUGAUACGGCCAUGACGGGGAGCGGGAGGCUCUAUGUGAGGCGGGAGAGUGAGGCCGUGCAUGGCAACAGAAUGGAUGUGCUCGGUGGGAGCGGAGGGAACGGGAGCCUCAACGGCAACCCUCCACACAUGAGGGUGAGUGAGUGACACACACAGAAACCUUUUCUCAGGAUGUCUAUGUGCUGUCGCUCGCUUUGUUUUUAUUUGUUCAGGACGGCGGUGGCCAGCAGGUGCACUCGGCAUCGCGUGUCAGCAAUCUGGGCAAUGUGGGAACGGACACCAGUGGAGACAUCCUGAGGAACUCCAAUGUCAUGUCAGCCGUCAAGGGGGGCCACAGUGAUGCCAUGACGGUUAGCGCAUGAGCGAGCGAGACACAGCCAUACGCAGCGGACAGAUGCAUAAUAUGUUCUUCUUUCGCAGGUCGGUCGUGUUGAGAACCUCGUGGGCAGCAGCCAAAGGCCGCCGAGCCUGCACGUCCGGCACCCACCAAGGCCAGCCACACCGAUGGGUGGCCAUGUGGCUGUCAACAACAGCGGGAGGCUCUGUGUGGGGCGGGAGAGUGGUGCCACACAUGGCAGCAGAGUGGAUGUGCUCGGUGGGAGCAGAGGGAAGGGCAACGUCAGCGGCAACCCGCCACCCAGUGGGAACUCCACUGCUGUGACGGUGAGUGAGUGAGUGAUACACACUGAAGCCUGCACUCAAAAUGUCCAUGUGCCGAUGUGAUGUGGUCGAUUUUAGGACGGCGCUGCGCGGCCGCAUGCAUCGCGUGUCAGCAGUGUGGGCGCUGUGGGCGUGGAGCCUAGUGGACUCCACCUGAAGAACCCCAAUGGCAUGUCGGCCAUCAAGGGGGGCAACACUGAGACCGUGACGGUGAGUAAAUGAGCGAGAGAGACACAGCCAUACGCAGCUGACAGAUCCAUCAUGUGCUCUUUGUUCCCAGGCCGGGCGUCUUCAAGAGAGACCACUGCCUCCUCAGAACCUCAUGGGCAGCAACCAGAGGCCACCGAGUCUGCACCUCCGACAUCCACCUAGGCCGGCGUCAGCGAUGCCCGGCAACGUUCUCACGAGCAACAGUGGGAGGCUCAGUGUGCGGGGGGACAGAGAGACCAUGGAUGUGGGCAGAGAAAGGGGCAGCAUCAGCAGCAACCCAUCACACAACAGCAGCACCGCAGUGAGGGUGAGUGGGCGGGCGCGGCGCAUGCACGAGACACACACACAAGCUCUAUCCAUAUGUUCAUGCGCUUGCGAUGCUCUCUUGUUCAGAGUGGCAGUGCUCGCCUGUCAUCGAAGUCGAUGGCCGGCGGCGUGGCCAUGGCAGUGGGUGGACAGAGGGACAGCAAGAGCGCCACUGGCCCGCCUCGCCCGAUGAUAUCGGCCAGGAAUGGCAGCAGGACGGCGAUGCGCGUCACACAAGACACACGACGGCCUCACAACCAGCACACCAUAGCGAGGGUGAGCGAUUGCACGAGCACGAGACGCGCACAAACCUGAUUGCGAGGAUGAUUUGUUCGCCCUGUUGGUUGAUGCAGGAUGGCACCACAGCCGCGUCGGUGCCGCCCAAUGUCAGCCACCGCAACCCGGCCAUCAACCGGCGAGUGUGUAGCCUCGCCUCACAGAGGGACACCAACAACACCAAAGCACCCACAGCAACCAAGGUGAGAGAGAGAGAGAGAGAGAGAGACGGACACCACACGCAUCAAUGUCAUCCAUGUCUCUGUGCCUAUGAUUGCCAGGUUCGCAACGCCUUCAUGUCGUGGCUCCGCCGCCUCCAGAAAGGCCUGACCACCCUGACAAGGCGCCAAAGCCUCCCACCCACCGCCGCCCCGCCCCCCUCUCACACACAUACACACGCAGCCCUCACACAGGAUGACGCCCAGAAGGUCAUAUUCUUUGACCUCGACGAUACACUUAUACCGAGCCAUUACCUGGAGGCUCUGGGCGUGCAUCUCUUCCUGGCGGCAUGCGCCAAAGGCCAAGAGCCUGACGGCCAGGGCCUAUUCCAAGGCGUGUCCACUGGGCAGCGGGAGAGCACAGCUGAGGAGGUGGUCAAGGCCUUUGAGGAGACCGGCAGGGCGGCCGAGGAGGUCAUCCAGGUUUGUCUGCGGGAGGGAUGGCAGCCUAUCCUGGUUACGAAUGGGACACCUAGAUGGUGAGUCAUCUGAUAUACACACGAAGUCACAAUCCAUUCAUCCUGUUCUCUCUCUCUCUCUCUCUCUGUCUGUCUGUCUGUCCGUCUGUCUGUCUGUCUACAGGCUGGAUGCCGUGUUCCAGCAAGGGGCAUUCGAGCGCCUGGGACGGGCCCUAAAAGACGCCGGGGUGCCCGUCAUAUCGGCCCGCCAGCGUGCACUGAGUCGGCUCCUGCGCCCCAGCAUGGACAACGAAACGAUGGCCAAACAAGCCAAGGAGGCGCAGUAUGAAAUAUCGAAGGUGAGCAGGGACAUAGAGAGGGAAUUCCUCUCCAUCAUACACACAUGUCUGGAUGCGUGUGUGCAUGUGUGUUGUGUGUGUGUUUGGGUGCUGCUGGUUUGUUCAGGCCAUCGCCAUGCUGGAGGAGAUGCAGAAGCGCCCAAGUGCCACCCAUGUCGCCAGCGUGGGCGACCAGGUGUGGGAUCUGAUACCCCUCGACGAAAUCAAACGGUAGGUGGGGAGCGGAGCCCACACAGAGACACAGAGACGGGGCACGAGAUGAAUGCAUUACCCGACCUUUCUGCAGACGCCGGCCUGACAUGUCUGUGUGCAAGAUCCGGGUGCAGCGGCCACUGGGGGUGACACAUUUCCUCAAUGUGAGCGGCCAAACCCAACACACACAUACGUGCAGACACACUCUAGCGAUUGCUGUGGAAAUGAAUGCCCAUGUGUCUCUCCGUUGUCUGUUGACAUAUUGGUUCAUGCAGCAACUCAGCCGCCUGAAGGAAGCCAUCCCCACCAUCCUACGGUCGACGACGGACGGGCCCCCCACGGACCACAACUACGGCCUGGUACACUGAAAAGGGGAAAAGGUCAGAAUUCGAUUCUCAUGUCUCUCGCUCCCCUUGGCUUUGUUGCAGCGGUUGGCAAACAACCAGAGCGGCGCGUUUGAGGCGGUCAGGGAAGCGGACGGGCGGGCCCCAGGCCACGAUGAGUACAUCUCCCAGGCCAAGGAGAGCCAGCCCGACCGACUCGACCACACGGUAGGUCGACCCGACACACAACAAAGGAGCCUUCCACACACACCUCGCUGCUGGUCUGUGUGUGUGUCGCUCCAAUGGAUGUCCAUCCAUCCAUCCAUCCAUCCAUGCAGGUGCUCGAUGACUUCAUGGACACCACCGCCCCGCCCGACGAGUACACCUUUCCCCUCCUCUCCCAGCCACCGGCACGCCCACACAUCACCCCGACCGCCCGGCUGAUAAUGAAGACUCUCGCCAACAGGGACCACCUGCGCCAGGUGGAGAGGCGGCGGGGCAUGUCCCAUGAGGACACCACCUCGUGGCGGCAGAGGGAGCAGCAGAUAAAUGGGGCCAUCGACUCCAUCCUUGACCGUCUUCCCCCAGAAGGGCCCCACCAGCAUGGCGCCACGAGAGUGAGCAGGAGGGCGGAGGGGGCGAGGAUGGUUCUCGUCAGAAAGCCGGGACACAGUGAGAGGAGGAGCCGUGUGGACAACGAGCCAACCCCGAAGGUGGACCCGCUCCCUCCCCAGGUCCCCUCUGCCCACCCACAUGUGCGCACCCUGUUGUCGCUGCCCAUGCCGCACCCCGUCCACGCGUAUCCCAUCCCUCACCCCCCACACAUGGCAAUGCAGCAGCAGCAGCACCCAAACGCAAUGCAGCAGCAGCAGCAGCAGCAGCAGCAGGGCCCUGCCACCAGCUACCACAACCAUCACAUGGUGAGAGCGAAUCGAAAGACACACGCGCUGACUGACACCCAGAGAGACAGACAGACCCAAAGAAGCACAUGACGAUGCUCUGAUAUUCUGUGUGUGUCUCUGUGUCGGUGUGUCAGGCUGCCCUUCGUUUCGAGCAUGGUGCCAUGCUCCGUCCGGCAGUCCACCAAAAGCACCCCUACAGCCGUCUGCACGUGUAUCCCACCAGGCGCCUCCCGACCAAUCUCCAUCUCAUGGCCCCCCGCCGCCUCUGACCCACCUAUCCAAUGCGUCACACACACACACACACAUCACUGGAGCGAGAGAAGGGGCAGUCGUAGCAAGCCUGGCUGACGUCUGAGUGAGUAGUGGGUCAGUGGGUAUCCACUCGUGGCGGCAGGGCUGCCAUGCGUGUGCUGAGUGUACGGUAUUUUCAAGGCGCUGGUGGCCUAGAGAGUGGGUGACGGCACUAGGCUGUGCCACCCUCACUGCCUGGCUGCCUGGCUCUCGAGAUCUUUUCUGCUGCCGUGGAGUGUCUGUGAGCGAUGGAUGGAUGGAUGGAUGCUUAGACGCGACAACGGUUGGCUGAGGGUGAGGGUGUCUGUGUGCGUGUGGCCAAUUUCAAGGCGUUGGUGGUUUAGAAGCGUGUGGCCGCCUCCGACCUAUACAAUGCGUCACACACAUACACAUACAUCAAUGCAGCGGGUCGUAGCAAGCCUGGCUGACUGAGUGAGGGGCGGGUGAGUGUGUUUCCAUCCAUGGCGGAUGUGGCUGCCAUGCGUGUGCCGAGUGCAUGGCAUUUCAAGGCGCUGGUGGCCUAAGAGUGGGUGACGGCACUAGCUAGAGGCCUGUGCUACCCUCACUGCCUGGCUGGCCCCUGCCUCUCGAGAUCUUUUCUGCUGCCGUGGAGUGUCUGUGAGCGAUGGAUGGAUGGAUGGAUGGAUGCUUAGACGCGACAACGGGUGGGUGAGGGUGUGGGUGUGGGUGUCUGUGACUGCGUGUGGCCAAUUUCAAGGGACCGCUCCAUGCUCGGAUGAUGCAUCUAUCGACUCUAUGUGAUUGUUCAACCCGCCACACACAGGCAUGU